AUGGCGGCGGCUGUGUCCUUCUCCCGGGUGCGAGCUCUCCCGACGUGGUCCAGCUCCGUGUCCGGCGACGACCACCACUCCUACUCCUCCGUGCUGGCGAUGUCGUUGUCGGCGCGGCCCCGGUCCGGCGCGCGGCCGCUUCGGUCGCCGGCGCGGAUGAUGGGCAACGUGAACGAGGGCAAGGGGCUGUUCGCGCCGCUCGUGGUGGUGGUGCGCAACAUCGUCGGCCGCAAACGCUUCAACCAGCUCAGGGGGAAGGCAAUCGCGCUGCACUCGCAGGUCAUCAAUGAGUUCUGCAAGGCCAUCGGCGCUGACUCCAAGCAGCGGCAGGGCCUCAUCCGCCUCGCCAAGAAGAACGGAGAGAAGCUCGGAUUCCUUGCCUGA